GAUCGUUACGAAGCCCGAUAAUUCCAGGAGUGCGAGAAACCUAUGGUGAUCGGUGGUGAUGGUUGAAAGAAAGAGAAUCAGUCGGCCAAUCAACAUAAUCGAAGAUCGAUACCUUCUGUUUCGGUGUCAGAAAGGAGUGACCAUUUGUGUAGGCAUUCAGACAACCAGCGCCAUCUAGUGACAGCUCAAGAAUGUUGAUCCGAGAUGAGAUGUAGUGAACGUUAGAACCCCCGUUGACUGCGCAGAGAUAGCCACGGUUUGCCGGGAGACACAAGUGGACGAUUUCCCGCCAAUUGUGACUACAUUCCUCGACUCGGAGUUACUCGGCAGCAUGUGACAACACUCGGAGUUCCCGUGUGUCGGAAACAUGUGACAGCACUUGGAGUUGGGAGUCGCACAGGCGACACGGUCUCCGGACUCUUAGCGAGCCAGGUUCGAUUUUCAAACGACUAUUGUGUGUUGGUUAACAUGUAAAUAUUGGAUACAGAGUGUUGUUUUAUAGAUGAUCCUGGAGACAAGAACAAUGGCGCUACAUUGAUAAACAAAAGUGCCGUUCCUGACGACAUUAAACAUUUAUGUAUUUGUGUUUUUCGUGAUCGUUGACAAAGUCUCAAGUGAGUUCAAACCAUUUGACAUCAGUGGAAGUACACUUGACACGAUUCUUUGUGUGAAAAAACACCUUAUUAAAUAUGGAACACGAUAAGACACCGCCGACAUCAGGUGAUGGGAAACCAGAGGGACAAGAUGGCGGUUUGAGUGAGCAGAAGUCAGACGACAAACCAAGUGAUGUGACAGGCGCUGCCGUAACAGAAGACAAACCAAGUGAUGUGACGGUCUCAACCGUAACAGAAGACAAACCAAGUGAUGUGACAGGCGCCGCCGUAACAGAAGACAAACCUAGUGAUGUGACGGUCUCAGCCGUAACAGAAGACAAACCAAGUGAUGUGACGGUCUCAGCCGUAACAGAAGACAAACCAAGUGAUUUUGUGACGGACGUCUCCACAACGGUUCUCCCUGUAAGUACAAGAAGUGCGUCUCAGGUGAAUCUAUUCGAUGGGGAAAAGACGCCAGACGCUGCCGAAACGGGAAACCAGAAACCCCCCGAAUCUCCAACACCAACUAACAGUUUAAACACUCCGAAUGGUGUCCGGGACACUGACGCCUUGAUCGCGGGUCCCAUGGAACAGAAGGAAGGUGAAGUUAAACCUGACGGAAGUAAGAAACAAGCACCAGAGUCUAAGCCAGGAGGGUUAACGAACAACGAGGCCCCUAGAGGAGUGCUGGACGAAAAGUCCCCAAAGGAGGAAGACGGUGAUAACAAUGUGAAGGACACUGACCCACUUCUGACAAAAACAGACUCUCAAAAAACGUUACAGUCGGAUACUGGUUCCAGUGUUAAGAGUGACUCGUCGUCGGACUCCAAGAAGCCACUGAUAGAAAAGAAAAAGUAUUCCUUUAUACCUAUAGUUGGUAAAGAGAAGAAGCAAAACGAUUCAAAGAAAAAGAAAGGGGAGAAGUUGGAUUUGAAGCGUGAUAAGGACAACAAGGCAGCCGUGAGGAUGAGCCGGAGUAGCCUGUCAGGGAGCUCGCAGAACAUUGCACUGAAGGACAAGAGUGAACCUGUGACGUCAUCGGAUGCUAAGGGGGAGACAACCUUCUCUGUGGUGAACGAAAAUGAGAAGAAUGAACAGACCUCUAAGAAUGUGAAAUGGAAAGAGAAUGAACCGGUGUCGAAAGACAAGAAACCCUCCCCAAAUAUCAAGAAGGAGAGCAAGAUUCCCGAACUGGAUAAAAAGAAGCAGAAUGUGAUACAGAAGUCACUACAGAGAGAAAAGGCGGUGUUGUCAAACGGGUCCGUGAAAGCUACUGAGAAGGAAACUGUUAAGAAAACAGAUGAAAAACCGAAAGAAAACGAAAAGAAGGCACUUGACCCACCGGUCGUGGAAACCAAAAACGAACCCUUCAAACCUAAAUCCAUACUCGCACGUGCGAUCAUGAAGAAGGUGAAGGAAGGGUCGGGUCAAGCGCAGAAUAACGCCGAAUCUAAACACGUCGUCCUGAACGGCCCGCCAACGACGGUGAAGACGCCAAGUAAGACAUCCUUGGCCGUCCCGGCCCCAGUGACUCGCGACAUCAGCGACGACAAGGAUGACAGAUUGUCCAUUGGGUCACGCCGAGACUCCACCAAGUUGUCUCUGUCCGACUCCAUGUCUCGGAAGUCCGUGGACUUCCGCGUCGCCAACGCCACUACCGUCAUCAUCCCAGCGUCCGGACAAGAUGACGAGAAGCAGAAGUCGGUCGUCGCCAACAACGACUCGUGGAUCAGGUCGGCCAUCCCCUUCAUGCCUCUCAGCCUGGCCAUCCUCUGUCUCCUCCUCAACAUCGUGGUCCCCGGAACAGGGACCAUGCUGAGUGGAUUCGCUAUCUUGUGUUGCGGAAAGUCCCGAGUAUCGACGAAAGAUGACCACGUGCCCAUCACGGUGUGUGUGAAUGUGUGGGUGGGCGUGGCACAGCUGUUCACCGUCACGUUCAUGUUGGUGGGGUGGUUCUGGAGCGUGGCAUGGGGCAUCAAGAUGAUCAUUCUCUCAAUCGAAUAUCGGAAGGAGUUAAAGCAGAAGCGGGAGAAGGAACUCCAGGCACUCGCUCUCAGCGCCUUCGGCUCACCCACUCGAGGAGCUAGAGGCCUUUUCGGCUAGCUCUACCGGCGGGGUGAUGGAAGCCUCUUUGGCAAACUCUACCAGGAUACUCAGAUACUCAAGUGAUGCCUCACAGCCUUAAUGAAACAUUUCUCAACCGGUACAUACACAUCUUCAUUACACGUGUGUCUGUGACCCCGGUGACAGGUGCGCGAUGGGUGCAAGAGAAGCUGAGGAAGUGAUCUUUCAAGGAUGAAGGAGUGGAUGUGUGGUGGUUCUCGGGCACGGUGAAUAGAGUGAGAUGGGCUUCUGGACACCCACAAGCAGUGGUCAUGUGUGAAGGGCACCCAGGGCGGGUCCAGCUGGUGCGCCCUGGUGCUACAUCCUACUGGAAUGUCUUGUAGUUCAGGGUGUCGGCUAUUCAUUGUUGUAGCUGCGUAGCUUCGCGUAUUUGGCAGUCAUCUUUUUAAACAACACCAUCGAAAGGAAAGCCGCGUCAGUGCCAUGACAUCAGCACCUGGCGAGUGGGGACGUCUGUGGUCGGAGGAUGGCCUCGGUAAUAACGGAGGGAGAUAGACGGAUCUGUCAUGCCAUGUACUACACAAAGUUUGAUAGGGAUGCGGACAUUAUUUCAGACAAAAAAUAUGCACAAACAUUAGCUAACUUUUUGUGUCAAGGAAUGAUAGUACUAUCCUCGUCCAGGUUGAGCAAGGACACCGACUUCAAAGAAACAUUGUCUUUUGACAUUGUCCGUCGUAGAUUCACAGAACCUAUCAGAAAGCAAGAUUCUAAAAUGUCUUCGUAGAAUAUCAUAUGGCAUGCAUUAAGUGCAGGGUAUAAGUAUCAGACUUACUUAACUCUAGUGUAUUUAGUAAUGGUAAAUAAUUUCUCGGAACGGGGUCACAAACUUUUUGUCAGUCGCCUUUUCAAGAACACACGUACUAGACCUCAAUUCUUCCUUCAACACUACUUAACUUUUGAUAGGAGUAUUCAUGUUAUUUUAUACAAGCAUACACUUGACCUGAGAACUAAUUAUCUUGUGUAUCAUGGAAUGACAAAAAAUAUCCGCAUCAAAAGUGUAGUAGUAAAAUAUAACGUACGUAUGAUAUAUUGUGGUGUAAGUUUCCACUCCUUUUGACCUGGACGAUACCAGCCGUGCGACAUGUCAAACUGCCCACUCACAUGCUGCAGAAACUAAUGGUCACAUCCACCCCGUGUUUGAAAGCAUGGACAAGAAAAUGUGGCGUGGAAGUAGACAGACAACCAGGUCACACAUUGUAACCACCUCAUUUGUUAGUCAUAGAUUCAUCCAAGUGAAAUCCGUAAGACCUGCAUAACUUCGGCAUCGCCUACAUCAAACUCAAAGCUGAGUUAACCCAAUACAACAAUCCCUCAAGAGAUGGCUCCUGCGACAAGUUGGGCUACUGGUCAACUAUCAUGCACCAGUACCUCCACGUGGAUUGCCAGAAAGAUUAUUUUGGGAUCUUAUUCUGUGUCGAGAAGUGCAUGAAACAAAGGAGUUAUCUAGGUCUAACAUAGAGAACCGAUUUUGGCCUAUAGACACUGGGGUCUCACCAACAUCUCCGCGGCAACAUCUGAUAUCUCUACUGUGUGAAAUAUAAAGUUAAUAUUAAAUCAAGGAUGAAAUUACACGGAGAUAAGUUUUCCAAGAAGCACAUACUGGUGCACCGGCAGGUGAGAACAGACUGAUGGUCGGUUGUGUAGAAGCACCCUGUCAGAGGUAUAAGUUCUGUGGAAACAAAAGUGUCGCUAAGUGUGCCUAGGAUAGAAAGCACCGAUAUUGUCGAGUGAAAGCCUGUUAUAAAGUGUUAAUCCAAACAGUAUCUUUACCAGUGAAAAGUGCAAGUCUGGAUAAACAGAUUUCUGUAUAACGAAUUGUGGGUACCAAACAAUGUUGCUUUGUGUAAAUAAUGACAUAACUGUAUACACACCCUACAGAACCAGUGCCUGAGGCUGGUAUUCACCGGAUCAGCUGGCAUAUCCCAUCCUGGCACUUUACCGCCAUGUUAAAUUCCAUCCAUUUCUGAGCCUUACUGUUAUUUUAUAUUACACACCAUUCAACUGUGAUAUUAAUACAUGCCUUGUGUGUAACAUGUAAUACUUGUUAUAAAACUGUUUACAGUCACAAGUU